UCUCUUUCGAUCUCUCACUGUAAAAUGGUUUCUUCCGACAUUAUCACUUACUCACGACCUUGUCAUAAGCUUAUCUGUCCCUUUCUUACUCUCUAUAAAUUUACCUGCAUCAUCUCUUCCCAUUCUCUCACACUUUCUAUUCCUCUCUUUCUUUCUUGUUCAAUCCAAAUUUCCAAAUUCAGCUGAAUCAAAUCAACUUCUAUCGCCAUUUGACUGAUUUGUGCAAACAACCAAAUCCUACCAAAUAUUUGAUUUCAGGAAAUUAUCUGUAUCUAUUAAAUGGAAGUUACAGGAGGCUAAAGCUUUUUUACUUUUGUUGCCUUCAGUGGUUUCGUGGAAAUGUUUAAGGGAAGGAACAGAUCUUACAACAUAAACGUAGGUGUAGCUUAUCAAAGAUCAAUAGAAAGGAGCUAUUCUAAGAGCCAAAGAAGCUCUGGCAUGGGUUUUGAAUUGGAUCUCACAGAAACUGGAAAAUUCAUUGAAUCUAAAACAGCUUUUAUCUUUUGGUCUCGUAGAAUACUUUUAGGAGAAGGAUAUCAUGAAUUUCUUUAAUCGCACAAUUUAUCUUUGAAUAGGUUGUAUUCUUGUGUUUUCUCAUCACCGUGGAGAAGUUUGUUUGUUUGUAACGUAAGGGUUAUACGCGUCUGUUGUAAUUUUUUUUGUGGCUGCCCUAUAGAGAAAAUGCCUGGUGUUGUAUGUGGAAAGAAACAAUUCAUGGAAUCAGAAUUGCGUUUCUCCACUUUAGUCCAGAAAGAUCCACCAACUCGUUCGAGAAUUGGUACUCGUAGGAUUCCUCGUGUACCUGUCAAUACAUACAAGCCACUUUUACCUGGACUACCUGAUGACGUGGCUAAGUAUUGCCUUGCACUUGCCCCUCGUUCGAGCUUUCCGGCCAUGGGUGCUGUGUGCAGGAAAUGGAAAUCAUUCAUCCAAAGUAAGGAGCUGAUAACAGUCAGAAAACAAGCUGGAAAGCUUGAGGAAUGGCUUUAUGUUUUGACUAGUGAUGCAGAAGGGAAGGGAAACCAUUGGGAGGUCUUGGGUUGUAUGGGACAGGAACGCAAGCAUCUUCCACCAAUGCCGUGUCCACUGAAAGCUGGUUUUGCUGUGGUUGUCUUCAACGGGAAACUACUUGUUAUGGGGGGUUAUGUGCUCUCUGAUGGCACAGGGUGUGUUUCUGCGGAAGUACACCAGUACCACUCCUGCCUGAACAGAUGGAGUACACUAGCAGCUAUGAAUGUGGCUCGAUAUGACUUUGCUUGCGCAGAAGUUAAUGGUGUCGUGUAUGCAGUAGGAGGUUAUGGGGUUGAUGGUGUGAGCCUCUCAAGUGCCGAGGUCUAUGACCCUGAAACGAACAUCUGGACUCUGAUAGAGAGUCUCCGUCGACCAAGAUGGGGAUGCUUUGCUUACGGUAUCGAGGGAAAGCUCUAUGUGAUGGGUGGGAGAUCGAGUUUUACCAUUGGAAAUUCCAGGUUUGUGGAUGUUUACAAUCCUAAGGAUCGCACCUGGUGCGAAGUGAAGAAUGGAUGUGUAAUGGUUACUGCUCAUGCUGUGUUAGGCAAACAACUAUUUUGUAUGGAGUGGAAAAACCAGAGGAAACUCGCUAUCUUUAACCCAAAUGACAAUUCAUGGAAAAUGAUUCCAGUACCUCUAACAGGAAGUUCAAGGAUUGGAUUUCGGUUUGGAAUAUUAGACGAUAAGCUUUUACUAUUCUCGGUGGAGAAAGAACCUGGAUAUCGCACCUUGUUGUAUGACCCAAAUGCGGCGACGGGCUCAGAAUGGCAGACUUCCUCCAUUAAGCCAUCUGGGUUGUGUUUGUGCAGUGUGACGAUCAAAGCAUAAAAUUUGAUGUUUUCGUAAAUUCAUUAGACUCUAGAUAGACUAGUCAUGCCAUUAUCAAGGGCCUUGUCCUAGAUUCCUUUAUGAGCUUUUUUCAGUAUGAAGUGAUGAUUUUAAGUUUGCUAUUUUACACUUAAAAAUUUUCUCAAUUCUGUUGAACAACAUCAAAUUCAUCAAAAUUGGUGUUAAUUCUUGCC